UCUCAGGCCUAUCCGAAGAUCGGAAAUAAUGAGCUCUGAGCUCGUUCCGUAGGGUAACGUCUGGCUGUCUCGUCAGAGACUGCAGCAGAUCAAACAGUGAAACACACACGCACACACACAGAGUCAGUGUUGUAAUCCUGCUGUGCCGGGCGUGUGAUGUGUGACAGUCAGGUCAGUUGUAUCCAAAAUAUCGGUCCUUGUGAGCUCUGUGCUCAUGAUGUAGGUUGGCCGGGUGAUGACCUUGAAUGAAUGAACACAGAAAGGAAAACCUGGAGAAAAAUACGGAGACAGAGUACAAGUAGCCAUGAAGGUCACUUCAUCGCCACCAACUUCAGCCUUGCGGAUGCGAUCAAGAAGGAAGGGCAACGUGAUGUGGAUGAUGUGGGUCACCUGGCUGGUGAAGGUGCUGGAGGCUGGAGUGCCGCCAGUUUCAUCAGAAUCACGUCUCUCUGAGAUCGUAACGGCAACAAAACACCCGAACACCUCUACCAGCCUUACCACUCUGCCCAUCCUCGAAUCAUACGCCCUGCCUACGGGUCGGCCGCCUCCCUUCCACACUCCAGACGGGUACCUACAGCUGAGCGUUACGUCUUCUGCCCAUCUUUUGUUCGUGUCAGUUAACGAUAAAGUGGUAAUGCAGGUAAGUACAACUCGCAAUAACGUGUCCACUGCACAUGAUCAUUACACUGCUUGGGAACAAACCUCGGGACUUUACGUGUUCGUCCUGCAUCCGAGCGACGGCCGCGUCAUGUUGCAGCGUGUGCUGUCCACUGCCAUCUUCGGCGAAGGUCUGGAGGUACCGAGCGUGUUCGCCUCCCUCACUCCUGGACACAUCUUAGUACUGGCCAUAAAGAAUGACGCUGCCCAGAAUUUAAGUAAGGAGAGCCGCCGUUUGCUGUAUCGUCUGGGUGUACUGAGUGUGGGUACCCUGGACAAGCGAGAGUACCUGGCGUGGGUGGGUAUCAUCGGCGGUCCGGCGUGGGCUGAGGCACGCACCCUGGACGCUGAGGUGGAGCUGGGUAUGGUGUGGGCUUCGGGCGUGACUCUGGACGUGCUGGUGCCUCGCGUCCUGCAUGACAGUUCCUGUCUGGGAGAAAGGCGAGGCUUUCGUGAGACGGCCAGGGCUCGCUUCUGCAGCUUAUACGAUGGUUAUGGUAGCUUGUGCUCUUGUCCCACACCCGCCCCUCUUGUGUAUGAGCCCCCGGAGCUAGAGGGCAACUCCAUCAUGGACGUGCCCUUGCUCAUCCUGGCCAGCAACAGACCUAACUACUUGUACAGGAACCUGGUGACGGUGUUGCGUCAGGCAGGGGCAUCCAGGGAUAGGAUCCUCGUGCUAGUAGACGGACAUUAUCAGCAGGUGACCGAUCUGCUGAAUCUCCUCCAAGUUCAGUAUGAGGUGCGGACUGCGUGGGGCGUGACGGUGGGUGCCAGGAUCUCGGAUCAGUAUCGCUAUGCUCUCAGCCUCGUGUUCCGCCGCUUCCUCCAGGCCUCUAAAGCCAUCCUGCUGGAGGAGGACCUGAUAGUGGCUCCAGAUUUCUUCAGUUACUUCAAUCAGACGGCGUGGCUGCUUGACGCGGACCCUUCCCUGUGCUGCGUGAGUGCCUGGACGGACUUGGGUGGCCUGCACACUGCCCACGACCCCCGCCUGCUGCGUCGCGUAGAGGUUUUGCCGGGGCUCGGGUGGAUGGUGAGUCGUACCACCGCCCUCCACCUGCUCUCCAUGUGGAUGUCCCCGAAUCAGGACCACGACUGGGACAUAUGGAUGCGACAACCUGAUGUCCUCGGCGGCCGGGAGUGUGUCAUGCCUGAUGUGUCCCGCACCUUCCACAUAGGGAUCAUGGGUUCACACGCUGCUGGUCUCCUUCACACCGCCUUCUUUGCGUAUAAGCCAGUGCCCGCCCUUCCAUAUGUGCCUUUGCUUAACGUGCACAGGCUGCAACAAAGUGAAUACGAGGAGGAUAUCUACAAGUUACUGGAAGAUGAGGUGUUUCUUCUGCAGUCUGCCCUUCACCCGUGCCAUCCGGACUACUUACCUCGGAACUUCACUGAGCACCCUGUUGUGAUCUUUGUGGAGAUGACCAUGCCUGGAGACUUCCUCGCCUGGCAGUUCCUAGCACGGUGUCUGGGCGUCUGGGACCUGGACACACGGGCGCACCAUCGGGGACUCUUCAGGUUCUUCUUCUAUGAUACCGAAGUCUUGGUCAUCGGUUACCCCUUCAGUGACUACAGCUUUCUGAAGCCGCCCUGGCUCAGCAUGUUGGAAGUGAACAAAACGGAGGAAGUGGAGAAGCUCAACCUUAUGCCCCUAACGCACCGCUCCCGCUUCAGGAGGCCCGCCUUGGAACGUAGCGUGCCCUUCCUGGACGUACCCGCCCCAGUCUUCUUCUGAGCCCCCCUCAUCUAUCCACCGAUGCUGUCUCGUGCAGUGUGGGCAUCUCAAGCUGAGACCCUCAUGCAUGUAUUACCUUGCGCACUUGGAAGCGAUCUUUCAGUUCUCUUGACUCUUUUAAGUUGUUGUUUUACACACCAGAGUGCGACUUUCUGAUCAGAACUGAAGAGACUAAGCUAGUAGAUUGGUUCGGAUAUUAUGUAUCACGAAUUGUGCAGGAAUUAUAGGAGGUUCGAGCUUUAGUCAAGGCAAGGAUAACUAGAAAAGUUGGUAAUAAUUAAUAAUCUACCUACAGAAGAAUAUUUUCUCUACCAGCGAGUUAGUGAAAGAUGUUACUUGCUAAACUUUCCUGCUUUCUAGCAAGUUGGUCAGGAAGCACCGGUUAUUAUAGUAACUACUGUGUCUGGAGAAAAAAACACCCGUGUUUGUAUUACAUCUAAUAAUAAUGGCUAGGUGAAUCCAUAAUUUAUAACUUAUCGUAUUGUAAAAAUUGGAUGAAUUUAUGAUAGAAUAAUAAUGUCUUGAAAUCAUA